AUGCCCUCUAUCGAAGUUUCGAAAUUGAUUGAGGAGUUCCAAGGGACAAGGGACAAUGAUAUCAAAUAUAUGGUCCUUAGACAAUUAAAUGAUACUCCAUUAUCAACCUCUAACGAUGACUCAUCAUCAGUAGUUCAUGAAAUCCUACUUCCUAUACUAUUGAAUGAACCUGAUAUGGAAUUAGUUAAUUUAGUAUCGUUUCAGACAUUCGGUAAUGUUGCUGUUCAAUUCAUUGCUCAUCCAAGGUUUUUGAACGACAUCGUUUUAAAUAGCCUUCUAUCACCUCAACAACAGAGGGGUAGGGAUAUUAUCGUGGUACAAACUUUAAAAAACAUUUUGAAAAAACUGGCUGAUACAAAGAAAAUGAUGAAUGAUACACAUAUCUUACAAGCUGGGAACUUAAUUGGUCCCUUUGCCGAAUUAAUAAGGAAGUCUACCGAUAACGGAACGAAUAAUAUUUUAUUAGCCCGAGAAACUACUAAUUUGAUGUUGAUCCUUUUCCAUAAUUGGUGUGAGCAACCUGUACCUAGGGAAGCUGCCAAUUUACUUUUCGAUUCUCUAUUCAAAAGCGUAGCUCCUGAAAAUAGCAAUGUCAGUUCUCCAUUGGAUAACGUAACUAAAUCACUAAUCCACCAUUUAGUCAAAUGUUCAGAUGUGGCGAGCAUACAAUAUUUCCUACAAUGCAAUAAUGAAGAGAUUGUUUUUGAAAUGUGCGCAGAAUGGCCUAGACUUGGACGGUUCGUUGAAGAUAUACUAACAGAGGUACUCCUGCCAUUGCUUGUAGGCACAAGAAUUCGGAACCUUGAAAGUACUGAUAAAGACGAACUGAUCAGAAGCUUAGAGGCGCUGCACAGACUACUUCCAUUUUACUCAUACCCUACUAUGUCCACUGGAAAAGUAGUUGUUCCCGAUGAACUUAAACAUAAAUUAAGUAAAGAGGUUUUUGAAUUAUGUACAUUACUGGCUGACCGUUUGGAACAGAAUCAUAUUAAACAAGAUUCUGCUAAAACAAAUAUAGGUGACCAACCCGAACAAGCAAUAGCCCAAGAAGAUCCUGAACAAGUAGCAUAUUUAGAAGAAUUGGAUGCUGAUGAUGAAGCAGAUAUUGAAUUUGACAAUUCUGAUGAAGAAACUGACUCUUAUCAAAAUAUUAACAACUACCGUCCUCGUGCAGCCGAAGAUCAAAGUAUUUUCAAACUAUGUUUCAUAAGUCUAUUGGCAUUGAAGAUCGAUAAAGGUACAUACACUAGAGAAGAAUUCAAAUUAAGACGUAUACUCACAAUUUACAAUCAGCUUUUUGAUAUAGAAGAACCUAUUGAUGUGUUUGAAGAGAAAGAGAUUGUUGAUAAAUAUACUAGCCCUUUCCAUUCCAUUGAUUUACAGAUGAUUUAUCAGCAUGUAUCUAACAAUAAUAAGCUGGGCGAAAGCUAUAUUAAAAAUUUACUUUCAACUUUAAAAACUAUACUGACGAAUGAUACCCCGGAUGCUUCCCAACUGCAAUUAGCGUUAGAAAUUGUCGAUCAAUUGGUCAAACCUGAUAGAAUUGACGAACUUAUCAAUAAAAACUACGCAUCCGAUAACCUAAAUGUUACGGUGACUUGGUUAAUCCCCCAUUUAAAACCAAAUAAACUUUACAUCAGAACUUUAAAAGUAGGAAACUUUAAACAAAAGAUUGACGAAGGCACUACCUUAAGAACGACUAUAUAUACAAUAUUAUCUCAAUGUUAUGAUCAUCUAGACUAUAAUACGCAGUGUUGUCUCAUACAAAAUAUCAUCAAAUAUGGGUUCAAAGAACAAGACAGUUCGAUCCAAAAGUUUUCCAUAAAUAUUUUCACGAAGAUUUUGCAAUUUGUAACAGAUCCUCUAAUGGCAUUAGAUCUCGAAUGGGCAAAAUCUGAAAUAUAUCAUCCAAUUCUUAAGAGAUUCGAUGAUCUCAGCAUCUUUAUUCAUAUGCCAAUAUUCAAAAUCCUACAUCGAGAAGUGCAGUUAAAUCAAGCACAACUUGAGUGA